UAUUACUCUGCCUUAGACUACUGCUGACCAAUAGAGUGUACUCUCUCCCAUCUACUACUCUCUCUCUCUCAUCUAUCACUCUCUCAUUUAUUACUCUCUUCUCUAUUACUCUCAUUUAUUACUCUUUUUUCCCAUGUAUUAUUCUCUCAUUUAUUACUCUCUCAUCUAUUAAUUUCAUUUAUUACUCACUCUUCCAUCUAUUACUCUCUUGUAUUUCACUCUAUUUCUUAUCAUACUCUCUCCUAUUACCCCAAUCUCUCUCUCUCUCUCUCUCUCUCUCUCUUUCAUCUUUACCCUCUCUUUCCAUCUCUCUCCUCUAGUACUCUCUCUCUCCACCUCUCUUUCCAUCUAUCUCUUCUAUUACUCUCUCUUUCUUUCUGUCUCUCUCUCUGUCUCUCUCUCUCUUUCUUCUGUUACUCUCUCUCCAUAUCUCUUUCCAUCUGUCUCCUCUAUUACUCUCUCUCUCUCUCUCUCUCUCUCUCUCCUCUAUUACUCUCUCUCUCUCUCUCCCUCUCUCUGUAAUCUGUAGAUUAAGAUCUCCUGCUGUAAUCAUUUCCUCGUGUACCGGAGUUGCCGCGCGCCGCUGCUACCAGAUUUUCCGGUAAUCUCGUGCGCGGGUCCAGUGCGUGAUUAGUGUGUGUGUAGUCUGUGAAUUGAGUGUGUAUAGUGAGUGAGUGUGUGUGUGUAGAGUGUGAGGGGCCUCUGGACCGGUGCAGUGCGCGCGCUGGUGUUGUGGAUGAGCGGAACCCCGCGCGCUCGCCGGGUAUGAGCCGCCCGGCACCGGAGAGCAGCGCGUGCGGGCGCCGGGAGGACGCCGAGCUAAGCUGCUGGAGCGGAGGCGCGUGAGCACGCGCGCGCCGCGGCGAAGAUGAGGAACGGGCGCGAGCUCCGGGACGCUGAAGGGAAAACCGGACCUCAGUGAGACCAUGGCCAGAUUCAUCCCUUUACUGUGGCUCGUGACGGAGCUCCGCGCGAGCGCCCAGCAAGUCCUGCGCAUCGGGGGAAUAUUCGAGACGUUGGAGAACGAGCCGGUCAGUGUGGAGGAAAUGGCGUUUAAGUUUGCAGUCACCAACAUUAACAGGAACCGGACGCUGAUGCCCAACACCACCCUCACCUACGACAUCCAGCGCAUCAACCUGUUCGACAGCUUUGAGGCUUCCCGCAGAGCGUGUGACCAGCUGGGUCUGGGUGUGGCUGCAGUAUUUGGCCCCUCCCACAGCUCCUCGGUCAGUGCAGUACAGUCCAUAUGUAACGCCCUGGAGGUGCCGCACAUCCAGACCCGGUGGAAACACCCAUCUGUGGACAACAAGGACAGCUUCUACAUCAACCUCCACCCAGACUACGCCCCCAUCAGCCGGGCCGUGCUGGAGAUCGUGCAAUUCUACAAGUGGAAAACCGUCACAGUGGUGUACGAGGAUGCUACAGGUCUGAUUCGUCUGCAGGAGCUGAUUAAAGCUCCCUCUCGGUACAGUAUUAAGAUAAAGAUCCGGCAGCUCCCGGUGGGCAGUAAAGACGCUCGGCCGCUUCUUAAAGAGAUGAAGAAAGGAAAAGAGUUCUGCGUGAUCUUCGACUGUUCCUACCAGACUUCAGCCGACGUUCUAAAACAGUUGCUGUCUAUGGGUAUGAUGACCGAGUACUACCAUUUCUUCUUCACCACACUGGACCUGUAUGCUCUGGACCUGGAGCCGUACCGGUACAGCGGGGUGAACAUGACGGGUUUCCGGUUACUGAACGUCGAUAACCCCGAGGUGGCGACAGUGCUGGAGAAAUGGUCGGUGGAGAGACUGCAGGCUCCUCAGAAACCCGAGAGCGGCCUGACCGAUGGCAUGAUGACGACAGAGGCGGCGCUGAUGUAUGAUGCCGUGUACAUGGUGGCGGCGGCGGCACAGCGGGCGUCUCAGAUCACCGUCAGUUCUCUGCAGUGCCACCGACAUAAACCCUGGCGCUUCGGCUCGCGCUUCAUCAGCAUGUUCAAAGAGGCUCAGUGGAAUGGACUGACGGGACAGAUCACCUUAAAUAAGACGGACGGCUUGAGGAAGGAGUUUGAUCUGGAUAUUAUCAGUCUAAAAGAAGACGGCAUGGAAAAGAACGAAGCUGGGCGCUUUAAUAAAGUUUGGAAGAAGAUCGGGGUUUGGAACACCAAUCUGGGGCUUAAUUUGACUGACAGCGUCCGAGACAAGACGACUAAUGUUACAGACUCCAUGGCCAACCGGACUCUAAUCGUCACGACUAUUCUGGAAAAUCCGUACGUGAUGUACAAAAAGUCUGAUAAGCCUCUGUACGGAAAUGACCGAUUUGAGGGAUACUGCCUGGACCUCCUGAAGGAGCUCUCCAAUAUCCUGGGCUUUUCCUACGAGGUUAAACUGGUAUCAGAUGGGAAGUACGGUGCCCAGAACGAUAAAGGCGAGUGGAACGGGAUGGUCCGAGAGCUCAUAGAUCACGUGGCGGAUCUGGCCGUGGCUCCUCUCACCAUUACCUACGUGAGGGAGAAGGUGAUAGACUUCUCCAAGCCUUUUAUGACUCUCGGUAUCUCCAUCUUGUACCACAAGCCCAACGGCACCAACCCGGGGGUGUUCUCCUUCCUCAACCCGCUGUCGCCCGAUAUCUGGAUGUACGUUCUGCUGGCCUGCCUCGGCGUCAGCUGCGUGCUCUUCGUCAUCGCCAGGUUCACUCCGUACGAAUGGUACAACCCUCAUCCCUGUAACCCGGACUCUGAUGUGGUGGAGAAUAAUUUCACUCUGAUUAACAGCGUGUGGUUCGGCGUUGGAGCUCUGAUGCAGCAAGGUUCAGAGCUGAUGCCCAAAGCUCUGUCUACCAGGAUCGUUGGUGGGAUCUGGUGGUUCUUCACCCUCAUCAUCAUCUCCUCCUACACGGCUAACCUGGCUGCCUUCCUCACCGUGGAGAGGAUGGACUCUCCCAUCGACUCGGCCGAUGACCUGGCCAAGCAGACCAAGAUCGAGUACGGAGCCGUGAGGGAUGGGUCCACCAUGACCUUCUUCAAGAAGUCAAAGAUUUCCACCUAUGAGAAGAUGUGGGCCUUCAUGAGCAGCCGUAAGAACACGGCUCUGGUGAAGAAUAACCGCGAGGGGAUUCAGCGCGUGUUGACCACCGACUACGCCCUGCUGAUGGAGUCCACCAGUAUCGAGUACAUCAGCCAGAGGAACUGUAACCUCACCCAGAUCGGGGGGCUCAUAGACUCAAAGGGAUAUGGAGUGGGGACCCCAAUUGGUUCUCCAUAUCGGGAUAAGGUGACCAUAGCGAUUCUGCAGCUGCAGGAAGAAGGGAAGCUGCACAUGAUGAAGGAGAAGUGGUGGAGAGGAAACGGCUGCCCGGAGGAGGACAGUAAAGAGGCCAGCGCUCUCGGCGUGGAGAACAUUGGUGGAAUUUUCAUCGUUCUGGCUGCUGGGCUGGUGCUGUCCGUGUUUGUGGCUAUUGGAGAGUUUGUGUACAAAUCCCGGAAGAACCUGGAUGUGGAGGAGGUCAGUGUGGGCCAGUGUGAGUGGCACAACAAGUUCUGACAGACGAAAAGUGUCCAGAGUCAUGGACACUGCCACUUUAACACGGAACGUUCUGGUAAACGUUCUUCUUAUCGUCAUUCUGAACGUCUUUGGUUCUGGACAAACGUUCUGCGGAUCAAAUUCUGUGUGGAAUUCAGUUUCGGCGGCUCACAAACUGCACUGGUUACCAGCACCAAGAACAUCGCCGGACUGCUUUAGUUUGGGGCGAUGAUUAAAUAGCAGAUUGAGCCUCUAAGAAAUUAAGUAUUAUUUUCGUAGAGUAGUUUAUAUCCUUGUAGAUUUCCUUUAGACGAGAGAAAAGUGAACGUUUUCUGGUUCAAACCCUUUUUCUGAGGUUUUGCUUUAAACAUGAGGGUGGUUGUUUUGUGUUGACUAAGUGGAAAUAAACCACCAAACCUAUAAAUGAAUAAAAUUAUUUGAUAUGGUAAACAUUACAUACUUAAUAAUGUAUAAUGUUAAAUGUAUAAAUUCAGUUGUAGGUGCUGAUGAGGUUCAGGUAAGUUUUUGAUUGAAUUUUUCGUUAAAUGAUUUAAUUCUGAAAGCAUCAGUUUUGCUCUUUUUCUCUUAUUUCACUCAUUUAGGGAAUUUAUUCUAUCAUAUACUCAGUGAUGUCUGCUUUUAUAUAGUUUGACGUAAAAGGAAAUGCUUGUAAAACUUUUGUGAGUUUUGUGUGAUAUGUGAGAUCAGAGCGUAUGUUUUAUUUUCAUAUUUUCAUUUAUUUAUUUGGUCUUCCCCUAUUUCUUUAUUGUUUUUUUCUGUAUGGAAGAUUUUGUGAGUGUGUGUGUAAUAAGCUGUGCUGCCAUAAAACCUCUGUUCACCCUUUAUUGUCCUCUAUAAUCUAGUAAUUCAGAUUCUGAAUUUCGAUUCCAAUGUUUUCGCUUUAAUCAGUUUAAAAAACAAAUUUGAUUAAAUUAACAAAAUAUCAGCUCUGUGUUACAGCUCACACACAGCCAGGUAAUACUGAUCACAUUUCUGUUAAAUAACAAUAAUCUGUUUUAGCGUAGCAUCUGGUGCAGUAAAGCUGCAGAAAGUAAUCUGAAAACACCACAAAGAAUAAUGUGGUAAAAUCACAGAGAGUAAUGAGCUCAUAAUGAGCUCAUAAACAGUACAGUUGUAAUGACAGAAAGCAAUGUGAUAUCAGAGAGUAACAUCAUGACACAGAAUGUAAUGGGCUUAAGAGCAUAGCAAAUGUUGUGAUGUCAUCACAGGGACUAAUGUGGUAAGAGCUCAUAAACGGUACCGUUGUAAUGACAGAGAGUAAUGUGAUCUCAUCACAUACAGUAGUAAUGUGAUUACAUCACAGAGAGUAUUAUAGUAAUGCCACUGAGAGUAACACAGUUACAUCACAGGGAUUUAUUGCAUUGUUAUUUUUAUUGAAUAAAUUAUGUUAUAAG